CUCCGGCGGAGGCUGGGUGUCGCCUGACCGGAUGAUGACAGAAGUUUUCCCGAAAGCCUGUUACUUUUUUAUCAUGCACUAAGCUGUUAUUCCACCUGGCAGUUUUAUUGAAUUUAGCCUUCAGCUUUCAUUUCUAUUAAUAAUAAAAACAGAAGAGGCAAACAGAGGUAGAAAAGAAACGAGCGGCAGGCCGCUGGGGCCAUCUGGAAACUUUUUUUUUUCUUCUCCCCCCUUCUUUUUUGGAAAAGCAAUCCAUAAGUCGAGUCUGGGAUAAAGCCCCACAGGGCUCACCGAGGCGCCGCUAUGGGAAACCGGGGGAUGGAGGACCUCAUUCCCCUCAUCAACAAGCUGCAGGACGCGUUCAGCUCCAUCGGCCAGAGCUGCAACUUGGACCUGCCGCAGAUAGCGGUGGUCGGCGGGCAGAGCGCCGGGAAGAGCUCCGUGCUGGAGAAUUUCGUUGGAAGGGACUUUUUGCCCAGAGGAUCUGGCAUCGUUACCCGUCGUCCUCUCAUCCUCCAGCUGGUUAACAAUAAAGCAGAGUAUGCAGAGUUCCUCCACUGUAAGGGACGCAAGUUUGUGGAUUUUGAGGAGGUCCGUAUGGAGAUUGAAGCAGAGACUGACCGGCUCACCGGGUCCAACAAGGGGAUCUCCCCAAUCCCCAUCAACCUGCGUGUCUACUCCCCUAACGUGUUGAACCUGACCCUGAUUGACCUGCCCGGGAUGACCAAAGUGGCCGUGGGCGACCAGCCUCCGGACAUCGAGCACCAGAUCAGAGACAUGCUAAUGAAGUUCAUCACCAAGGAGAGCUGCCUGAUCCUGGCCGUCACUCCAGCCAACACAGACCUGGCAAACUCUGAUGCCCUCAAGAUCGCCAAGGAGGUGGACCCCCAGGGGCUGCGGACCAUUGGCGUGAUCACAAAGCUGGACUUGAUGGACGAAGGGACGGACGCACGGGACAUCCUGGAAAACAAACUGCUGCCACUCCGCAGAGGGUAUAUCGGGGUGGUGAACCGCAGUCAGAAGGACAUCGAUGGAAAGAAAGAUAUCCGCGCGGCGUUGGCUGCUGAGAGAAAGUUCUUCCUGUCUCACCCUGCGUACAGACACAUCGCGGAACGCAUGGGUACCCCGCACCUGCAGAAGACCCUCAACCAGCAACUCACCAAUCACAUACGUGACACGUUGCCGGGGUUGCGCAGCAAGCUGCAGAGUCAGAUGCUGUCGCUGGAGAAGGAAGUGGAGGAGUACAAGAACUUCCGGCCCGACGAUCCGACGCGCAAGACCAAGGCCCUUCUCCAGAUGGUGCAGCAGUUUGGAGUGGACUUCGAGAAGUGCAUCGAAGGCUCUGGAGACCAGGUGGAUACCUCCAACCUGUCCGGUGGCGCAAAGAUCAACCGAAUCUUUCAUGAGCGCUUUCCCUUCGAGCUGGUGAAGAUGGAGUUCGAUGAGAAGGAGCUCCGGAAAGAAAUCAGUUAUGCCAUCAAGAACAUACACGGAGUCAGGACAGGCCUGUUCACCCCAGACUUGGCGUUUGAAGCCAUAGUGAAAAAGCAGAUCAUUAAACUGAAAGAGCCCUGUCUGAAAUGCAUCGACCUGGUCAUCCAGGAGCUCAUCAACACAGUCAGACAGUGCACUAAUAAGUUGGACUCGUACCCUCGACUGAGAGAAGAGACGGAGAGAAUCGUCACCACUCACAUCCGAGAGAGAGACAGCAAGACCAAAGAUCAGGUUCUGUUACUGAUUGACAUCGAGCUCUCCUACAUCAACACCAACCAUGAAGACUUCAUUGGAUUUGCAAACGCCCAGCAGAGGACCGCUGCUAACGCCACCAAGAAGAGAGUCAUGCCCAACCAGGUCAUCCGCCGAGGCUGGCUCACCAUCAACAUCAGCAUCAUGAAGGGCGGCUCCAAAGACUACUGGUUUGUCCUGACCGCCGAGUCUCUCUCCUGGUACAAGGACGAGGAGGAAAAAGAGAAGAAGUACAUGCUGCCUCUGGACAAUCUGAAGCUGAGAGAUGUGGAAAAGGGCUUCAUGUCCAGCAAACACGUCUUUGCCAUCUUCAACACCGAGCAACGGAACGUGUACAAAGACCUGCGUCAGAUCGAGCUGGCCUGCGACACUCAGGAAGACGUGGAUAGCUGGAAGGCCUCCUUCCUCAGAGCUGGUGUUUACCCGGAGAAGGACCAGCACGAGAAUGAGGACGCCAUGAACCCUGGGGACACGGUGUCCAUGGAUCCGCAGCUGGAGCGCCAGGUGGAGACCAUCCGCAACCUGGUGGACUCGUACAUCAGCAUCGUCAACAAGUCCAUCAGGGAUCUCAUGCCCAAGACCAUCAUGCACCUCAUGAUCAACAACACGAAAGACUUCAUCCACUCCGAGCUGCUGGCCUACCUGUACUCAGCCGGAGACCAGGGCAGUUUGAUGGAGGAGUCUGCAGAGAAGGCUCAGAGGAGGGAUGAAAUGCUGAGGAUGUAUCACGCUCUAAAGGAGGCGCUCGUCAUCAUCGGAGACAUCAGCACCACCACAGUUUCCACGCCGAUGCCUCCGCCAGUAGACGACACUUGGAUUGCUAAAGAGCCGAGUCCUCCAGCAUCCCGACCUCCCACGUCGACCGCAGCCCCUCCCAACAGACCCCCAGCAGUGAGGGGACCCACUCCGGGGCCGCCGGCGCCUCUCAAUCCUUCGCCGGCGUUCGGAGCGCCGCCCGUGCCCUCUCGACCGGGCCCUGCUUCGGCAUACGACGCCAGCUCGGCAGUGCCUCUCAUUCCUUCCAGACCCGCCCGUGUGCCUCCAGCUCUGCCGCCGGGAAUUCCCAGGCGACCACCACACCUCCCUUCUCGUCCAGGCCAGAUGUGAAGAAACCUCCUGUGCAGCCGUUAAGGACCAGCAGCAGGACUCUGCUAGAAUCACUUUAAAGUUCACUUCUUGCAUCAGAUUUCUUUUGGUUUAAGACGACUACAUUUUAAAAUGAUCUGCUAAACAUGAUGGCAACGGCAGGAAUCAAGAGUCAAAUUCUCUUCAGAAUCUGGGACUGAAUUUGAAAAAAAAAAUAAUAAUUUGGAUUAAUUCUGCAUCAACCUUGGUGUUCCUAAUAGUAAAUAUGUGCUGUACAUACUGCAUACUGUGUUUUUGUUCACUGAAGCGGAAGCUAAAGCCACCGAUUUCUCAGAUGUGACCACAGAGUUGAUUGACGUGAGUAAAUGUUCUGAUAUGAGGCUCUUAAAGUUACUGUUACAUCAGUGGAUUUAAUUAAUAACGGUUGGUCUUCGAUCGCUUUACCGCGAGGCAUUGCAGAGGGUCAGGCUCAGUCUGGCGUUAUUUACAGUGACUUAUUAUUUAAGCAAACUGGCAUUAUGAUAGUUCUGUGGUACUGUCAGUAGUGCCACGUCUGUUCAUCGUGCCCGGCGCUGGAUUCCAUCUAGCCUCAAAAAGGACUUUCAAAACACUAUUAAGAUGGAGGCUUGGUGUAUAUAGCUUUACUUAAUCAAGAUCAAACGGUUUUUGGUAUGUAUUUCAUAAGUAUAUAACGUGGCUAUAUACCUUUAAACUGGACAAAUUCACUGCAACGAAAUCAGCGGUAAACCGAUCGUUUAUUUAAUUUUCCAACUGACGUAACCCCUGCAACAACACUCAGUGGUGUAUUUGUGCGGGUUCGUGUGGAUGAAAACUUUCCUGUAAAGGAUCCAUGUGUGAACAAUGUUAUUUUUAAAAUAGGAGAUGUUCCUUUUUAUAAAGACCCGGGUACGAGGCCUAAAAGUAAAUGGAAUUAAAUUAAAAUGAUGCAUGGUUUGUGUACAUAUACAAUAUUAAAGUUAUCAAAUCCU